CAGGAGCGGUUCCAGUCGCUGGGCGUCGCCUUCUAUAGGGGCGCCGACUGUUGCGUAUUGGUCUUUGACGUGACGGCGCCCAACACUUUCAAGUCGUUGGACUCCUGGAGAGACGAGUUCCUGAUUCAGGCCUCGCCUCGAGAUCCCGAGAACUUCCCGUUCGUUGUCAUCGGAAAUAAAGUGGAUUUAGAGAACCGAGCGGUGUCGACCAAACGGGCGCAGGGCUGGUGUCAGAGUAAGAACAACAUCCCGUACUUCGAGACGAGUGCUAAAGAGGCCAUAAACGUGGAGCAGGCCUUCCAGACGGUCGCCAAAAACGGUUUGGCACAGGAGACGGAAGUAGAGUUAUAUAACACCGACUUUCCCGACAAAAUUAAUCUAAACAAUGAGAAUAAUAAGGCCAUAAACGUGGAGCAGGCCUUCCAGACGGUCGCCAAAAACGGUUUGGCACAGGAGACGGAAGUAGAGUUAUAUAACACCGACUUUCCCGACAAAAUUAAUCUAAACAAUGAGAAUAAUAGUAAUAGAAGUGACAGCUGUGCUUGC